AUGGUGAUCUACCAGCAGAACCAGGAAGAGGUGCUAAAUAGGAUCAAGGACGAGUCCAGGGCAAAGCCAGGAGGUCCUGGUAUGUUCAAGCAUUAUCAGGCGGCUGUGAAGAGAGUCAUGGCUGAAUUGUCCAAUGAUGAGUUGGAGAAGGCAAAGGAAACAGCCAAAGAAUGGUCCAACAACUUUCCUCCUCCCAAGAUACAGGCACAAGUCACUUGUAAGAAGGGACCUGCAUAUAUGGAGCACUUUUCGAAGGAGAUGUGGAGGCAAUGUGGGAUGAGAGUGUUUGUGAUGUUGGCUUGGAAGAAUGAACAGGGAGAGGUGCUGUUUUGGAUGCACAAUGAUAAUGAGGCAUUAGGAGAUGGGGACAGCUUCAUGAAGACAAAGGACUGGGAGGACAUCGAGAGCCUGCUUUUGAACUGGAAACCAAUGGAGAUGGGAUGCCAUUGCUUCCAGACAUCACCAAAAUGA